AUGGCAGAGCAACCCGGCGGGGAGCAACUGGUCUCGUCCCUCUGGACGAGGUCGCUACUGUCCGGCGCCGUCGCAGGUCUUACCGUCGACUGCUCCCUCUACCCCCUCGACACCAUCAAAACCCGCCUCCAAAAGGCACGCGACACAUCUGCCCCCCAGGCCCCCCGGCUCUCUCUGCGCCAAACAGUUCGCGGCAUCUACGCCGGCCUCCCCUCCGUCCUCUUCGGCUCCGCGCCCUCCGCUGCAUCCUUCUUCAUCGUCUACGACGGUGUCAAGCGCUCGCUCCUCCCGCCGCCGUCGUCCUCGGAAACCCCUUCCCGCGCCCAUGUUUUCUUCACACACUCCCUCGCCUCCUCCCUCGGCGAGAUUUCGGCUUGCGCGGUCCGUGUGCCGACCGAGGUGAUUAAGCAGCGAGCCCAGGCUGGCCUCUUUGGGGGCUCGAGUCUGCUGGCACUGAAGGAUAUCCUGUCUCUGCGGCAUGCACCCGCCAGUCACACUGCGCCCACAGCUCCAGUCAAGAGCGGAUAUGGCCAGGUUAUCCGCGAACUCUACCGGGGCGCGGGCAUCACCAUCGCGCGCGAGAUCCCCUUCACUGUCCUGCAGUUCACCAUGUGGGAGUCAAUGAAGGCCACGUACGCGCAGCGGUACCUGCGGCACGACGAGUCCGCCACCACCAAAGAGUCGCAAAUCCCGGCCUCCACGAGCGCCAUGUUUGGCAGCGUCGCUGGCGCCAUUGCGGCUGGUCUGACCACCCCGCUGGACGUGAUUAAGACCCGAGUUAUGUUAGCCCGCCGCGGCGACGGCGGCAUGGGUGCCCCCGUGCGGGUGAAGGAUAUUGUGCGAGGUAUUGCGCAGGAGGGUCCUGGAGCGUUCUGGCGCGGAAUUGGGCCACGGGUUGCGUGGAUUGGAAUUGGCGGGGCGGUGUUCUUGGGAAGUUACCAGUGGGCGUGGAAUACGCUUGAGGGUGAGAAGAAGAAGACGGAUGAUGAGUAG